AUGGUUCAACUCAUCACCAAAGCCGCCGAUUUGGCAACUACAUUAUCUAAUGCCGGAGACAAUUUAGUCAUCAUCGACUUUUUUUCAAAUUGGUGUGGUUCAUGCAAGUCAAUGGAUCCGUGCAUUAAUAAACUGGCCAAGGAGUACCCUCAUGUAGUCAUGUUAAAAUUUGAUGUUAGUGUAAACGAAGAACCGAACAAGUAUCUAAUGACUAAUGAGUAUAAUAUCAAAUUUAUGCCAACAUUCGUCUUCCUAAGAUCAAAAUUCUGGCGACAGUCGUGCAAAUUCAUGCGAAUGGCGUGCUAA